AUGGUCGUCAACGUUGAUGAUGAACAAUCUGGCGGUGUCCACAAAUAUUUCAUAUCUCGCCCCGUCAUCUUGCUCUUGUCUAUGGCCAGUCGGGCGACGCGUGGGUAUUGGGCGGUCAGUGAGGAUGGGAAAAUUGCCUUCCUGAAAGAUGCGUGGCGCUAUCAUGGAGAUGUCUUUGAGAGGGAAGGCGAGAUCUUGAUAGCGUUGCGUGAAGCUGGCAUUCGGAACAUACCCGAAUUGCUGUACCAUGGCGAUGUGCUCUUCCAGAAACCUCCUGUUCCGAGUAAUUUAAAGGGGAAACAGAAGUCGUCGGCAACGGAUACAAGCGAGUCCGAAAAUCGCUCCGCUUGUCCAUUGACUGAGCUGUACAAUGUCUUGGACUUCAUGCAUCGUAUACUCACUGACCAGUAUAUCGACGCUCACUGGAGUUUACCCGGAGAUGUGGACGACACAAAGCGGUGUAUUGUCGUGCUCUCGCGCGUUCAUUAUCGUGUGACGUUGGCCACAGUGGGCUAUCCCCUAGAGCAGUUCAAAGGGACGGAGUCAGAGUUACCUGUUGACGUGAUCUUGGUAAUGGUUGACGCGUAUGCCCAGGCCAAUAGGUUGCAUCGUAACAUCAGCUUGGGCAAUGUCAUCCUCUGUCGAAAUCGUGGAGAUGGCGUUCGACGCGGAAUCCUAAUCGGCUGGGAACUCUCGUGUCAGCUUGACGAUAAAGGACACGCCCGCGAAUAUGAACGAACGGAAGGAUUCACCAAAGCUUGA